AUGUUUUAUAUGACAUUAUUAUUACGUUAUGUUGUUUAUUAUCCUUCAACACAACAAUAUUCAAUAAAUAAUUUAAAAAUUAUUGAUUCUAUAUUAAUUCUAUUAAAUAAUUAUACUUUAUUAGGUAAUAUAUUAAUAGCAACAGAAUAUAAUUCGAAAACAAAUUUAACUGAUUCAGCUAUUUUUCUUAAAUUAAAACAUGCAAAUAUUCAUCGAGUUAAAUUACAUGCUUUUAUGAUUUUAGCAAAAAUAUUAAACGAACAAGAUAUUCUAAAUUUAGAUAAUAUUGACAUAUUAACGACUGUUUUUAUUAGUUAUUUAUACAAAGCAAUUAAUGAUCCAUGUCAUACUUAUCAAGAUGUUCCAGUAGAAUGUUUAUUAACAUAUUUAAAAGCAUUUGUUCAACAUGAUGAAAUUAAAGAUGGGAUUGCUAAACAAAAUUAUUUUGAAAUUUUAAUUCGUUGUACAACUCAAACAGAUCUUCAUGUUGGUUUAGUUCUACAAACUUCAUUAGAAAUGAUUUGGAGUUUAACAUUUAAUGACAAAAUUCAUCAACUAUUAAUUACUUCCUAUGAUAAUUUUAUAAGAUAUUUAAAAACUGUUCUUGUUCAUUCAACCGAACAAGGUGUUCAAGCAGCAGCAAAAGGAGUUUUAUGGAAAUUAGAAAAUGAAUUAAUUAUUACAAAACAACUUCUUGAUAAAAAUGAAAAUACAAUUAAUAAUGAAGACAAAUAUGAUAUCAUGAUAAGUUAUAGUCAUUCAAAUAAAGAUUUAUGUUUACAAAUUUAUGAAAGUUUAAUCAAAUUAAAUUAUCGUGUUUGGUUAGAUUUUGAAAAUAUGUAUGGAAGUACAUUACAAUCAAUGGCUACAGCUAUUGAAUUAUCUGAUAUGGUUUUUAUUUGUAUGCCUAAUCCAUACAAACAAAGUGCUUAUUGUCGUUCAGAAGCUGAAUAUGCAUAUACACGACAACGUCAUAUAAUCCCAUUAGUUAUGGAAAAAAAUAUCGUCCAGAUGGAUGCAUCAGUUAAAAUUCAAGAAAAUACAUGUGAUGAGCAAACUCAAGUUGAAAAAUUCGAAAGAUUAUCAAGUAUUAAAAAUAGUUAUAAUGAUCGAUUUAUCGAAUGGUGGACACAUGAAGAUGUUUUAAAUUUUCUACAUGAUAAACAUUUACAUCUUAUACGAACUUUAUUUGAAUACGAACAACAAUUUGAUGGUCAUUCAUUGUAUAUAUUAUAUAAACAGUGUCAAUCAAAUACACAGUCUACUUAUCAAGUAUUGAAUACACAAUUAAAUCAACUUCAUGAUCGAACUUUACCAUAUUUUACCUAUAUUCAUUUUGUUAGUGAAUUAGAAAAGCAAUUUAAUCCACUUGAUAUAAAACAAUAUAUUCGUUAUCUGCUAUGGAUUAUUUAUGCAAAAAUUCUACAAAAAUUUUUUUAA